CGAGUCUUCCAUCGGGAAGCGUCGUUAAUAUUUCGCCGCGAUGUUAGCCCCGUUUUACGCGUCGCUCGGCGAAACGGAAUUGCGUGUUAAACGGGAGGACAUACUCGCGCGCCGCUUCUCCGCUUCUGCGGCCCCAACGCUCAGCCGUGCAAUUACAAAGUGAUAAUGACGAAUAAUAGCCGCGCGGAAUUGAUAACGAUCGCUGGAUCCUUGGAAGCUUCUGGGAAUAUUCAGAGGAUAUCCUUUCCAUUAAAUCGAAUGACGCGCGAUUCCGAACGUGUUUGUGAUUUUCGGGUCAUCGGCUGAGCCGCGGUCUUAGGUUGCAGGAGCGAUUAUUACUUUCAUGAAACUAUGUUACAAGAGUAAUGUCCACCUAGGUGAUGAUAACGCCUCUCUAGAUGGAGCUGGUACUGCUAUCAAGGCGAUCCAGAAACGCGAGUACACAGACGACUGCGUGUUCAACGAGACCCUGGAGCAACACAACUACAACACGUACAGUUCGGCGAAAUGGUCCACGACGAAGAAGACGCUUUACCUGGGUCUGAACCGUCGUGGCCAGCCGAGGAGGGUACAGGCCAAGGGUCACAACCUGGGCAGACUGUCCGCCUACGCGAGAGUGUUGACUCAGGUCGCUUCGUCGGAGCGAGUCGAAGCUCUGCAGAGGCGGAUGCUGGGCGCUCAUCACAACGUCCGGCACCGACAUCACAGCCAUCGAGGGGACUUGGUCCAGCAGUCUCUCUGCCCCACUCUUCCUGUCCAGGAAAAGGACGGCAGGGACAAGUUCAGGUGUCGCAAACGAAAGAAGAGGAAGAAGAGGAAACGGCGGUGCAGGCCGGGCGAGAAGCCUGGUCCUCAGUGCCAAAUCACGGAGGAGAGCAACGGGCAUGCGGCCAGGAGCGAGGGUCCGCGCUCGAACGGGACUUCCCCGGAGUCGAAGAGAUCCUGCGAGGGCGCGGCGAGCGAGGAGGUCUGUCGAAGAGAGGCCCUCUCAGUUCCAUCCAAGAAGCGGAAGCUGCGGGUGGAAGAGGCGACCGACGGACCAGCCGGCGGCCGGAACGUCACCGCGAGCAACGGUAAGAGCAAACCACCAGCGUCAAAUGCAAAAAAAGUAAGCGCCGCUGGCAGCAUGAGUCAGAGUAAAAAGCCUAAUUUGACGGACGGGAAGAAGAAAAAGAAGAAGGGCCCGCCAGCGAGGAGGAAGCCAGCGGUGACUCUGGGCCGCAAGAGGUUCACGCCUGGCGGAACGGGCAACACGUCUGCGGCGCGCACGGCAACUUCCGCACCGACCUACGCAACGUCAUCCUCCUCUUGGUGGUCUCCUGGUGCGUCAACCGUCCCUUCAGGGAGAGGAACCUCGCCUAGGCGCAGAACCAAACCGACCUCCCCCGCGAACAACGAGCCCGGCGUCUCGAAAGCUUUCGCGAGAAAUCGUACGAAGACGACGACGACGCCCGACCUAACUACCCAAUCUGCGACCCCAAAAGUUCCUGAGACCGUUUCCGAUCGAUCCUUCCGAAGCUCGAGCCGCUCCUCCACGGAAUCGAUCGCGGUGGACGCCUCCAAGUCGUCGAUCGAGUCCUUAUCAAACGACAACAAUCCGUCUUCGACGGUAUCGAACGAACCCGCUACGUUAGAGUCGACCUUGGCCACCUCGAUCGAAACCACUGGCACGCCGACCAAGUUCAGGUUGCCGGAAGACGAGUCCGGAUCGCUCGAGGAUCCCGACAAUCCAGACGACAGGCUCGACACGCCGGAAACUAUACAGUCGACCACUCCGGAGAUUUCGCUCGAGAGUUUGGCCAUGUGAGGCGCCCGUUCGCUUUCGGCACGACCGAUCGUGUCCACGGGAAUCAUUGUAAACUUACGUGUACAUAGUAUUCAUACUACGUUACGAUUUACGACAUACUUCACAUUCAUGUACGACGAUCGCGUGCGCAUCGCGCGUGCUCCGGGGAAUUUCCGGUGUUCGAACUGCCGGUGCUACGGGAAUUGGAAAAGUCAAGAUCGAUGUGAUUUAUUUCUAGGCUUUUUCGGAUUGAUGUUAUUUCAUCUCCACGUAUUUAGAUGUUUAGAGAUGGUGAUUAUAAUAGUUCGCGAACUGAGAUGUUCUAUUUAGUGGCGAGAUGGUGAAUGGUCAAACAUAGUCACUAUACUGUAAUAAUUCGCGAACCGAGGUGUUUUUCAUGUUACAUUUGAUAAUUCUUUUUAAUUUGAAGAGAAUAUAUUUGUUGGGUACAGACUCAUGGGUCAUAUAACUGGGUAGAUGCAGAAGAUACACACUCGUGCAAAAAAAUAAUUGUCCUCUUGCUCUAUCGAAAAUUCAUUUAAUCACAAUUAUCGAGACAGUUGUUUCAAAACACUAAAAGAAACUUUCUUGUUCGUUUAAUUUAAAACUCUGUAUUGAAAAGCGAUGUGCAUGGGUUUGUAACCUCGAGUUAAACUCGUCGGUUAACUGUAGGAUUUCUUCGCUAUCGUAGUAACAAACUGUCUUCACUAUCAGAAUCUGGAACGAGAAUAUCAAUAUUCGAAUUCGUUGAAUACAACGACUAUCGAACAAAAGUAAAGAAUUACAAUUGUACGUCGCGAAAAUGGGAUGGCAGUUCUCGACGAGAUCAAUAUUUAGUCUUGACUAAAACAAAGCAAAAGUCAUCCAUCAAACUACCAGUACUACUUGAACAGAUCGGAAAAAGAGUUUCCAAUGUUCGCGAACAAAGAGAAGUCAUCUAGACAUCAUCUAAACAUCUCCGGCUAACGAUCGAUCUUGAUUCCUAUCGAUUCCCGAGCCACUUUUCCAAUAAUCGUCGCAAAAAGACGCGGUCCGUGUCGACGGAAGGAGGCUGGGUACGUGGAACAGCCCGUUUGGCCCUGGGAUGGUACGUCACGAAAAAGCGUGUCGACUGAGACGACUCUCUUUCUUCCCUCUCUCGCUCUCAGCCCCUCGUUACUCCGAGAGACGUAAUUAUGCACGGGAAGAGACGGGUUGUAUCAAACGGCGGGGCCGCGUAACGAGCACGUAACUCGCGUUUAAUCUUCGAGCAGGUCCCUGUCGCGGUGCAAAGAGCUGAGGCCGCGUUCCGGGACCGUUCGCGAGUAUAGCGAAUGAGCUAAUUACGAGAGGGGCCAACCGAACGCGAUUCGCGCCGGGUAUUUUCUUAAUGGCGAUUGCCCUGGUAAUACUUGUAAUCCGAUGGAAAAUGAAUGAAUUUGUCGGCCGCUCGCGAUCAGCCGCUACCAUGGAUACCAUUUCCGUUUCAGGGUAUAAACACGGACGAACUCGAUUCUUCUGGCUCACGCAACCACGGGCAACUGGGUGUUUGCGAGCGACAGCGUGUGCCAUUGAUGGCGGUUACAACAACGGAGAUGUAACGUCGAAUGCUUAAUUAUUUCAAGGUCCGAGUAAAUCCGUGGUGUGAUCGUCGUUCGCGAGUAGCUAAUUGCUCGUGACUGAUCUAAUGUAUAGAACGGUAUGGGCAACCGAAGGCUCGCGAGCA